GGGGCGGGAGUCAGGUGGCCACGGCGCGCCCGCCUCGCCCGGGCACCGAGCAGGAAGUGGCUGCGGUGCGCCCCGGGCGCGGCCUCCGCAGGGCGCGCCUCCUUUGUGGCGCCGUGCUGUGCGGCCGGGCCGGGAGGAGGCGGGAGCCCGAGUCCCAGCGCGGGGAGCGAGAGCUAAUGGCGGCGCCUGCGCCCGGGGGCCCCGGAGCCGCCGCCUCGGCCGCCCUGGACGAGCUGUCCCGGAACCUCACGUACGGGGCGCUUGGCGCCGGCAAUGGCUCCCUGUCGGGCGCUUGGUACCGCCGGAACCAGGCUCACCCUCCAGCCUACAUUCUCCCUUUCACUUCCAGGAAGGAAAGCUUGACUUUCUCCAACACUGAAAAUACAUCGGCUUUAGUCUGCCUGAACGAGAUUCACCUUUUUGGAGUUUUGCUGGCCAUUUUAGGAAACUUGGUAAUCAGCAUUUCCCUAAAUAUUCAGAAAUAUUCGCAUCUUCAGUUGGCGCACCAAGAACACCCAAGGCCGUACUUCAAGAGCGUGCUGUGGUGGGGCGGCAUCAUACUGAUGGCUGUGGGAGAGACAGGAAACUUUGCAGCCUAUGGAUUUGCCCCCAUUACUCUCAUUGCUCCAUUAGGCUGUAUGUCUGUUACAGGUAGUGCCAUUAUUUCUGUUAUGUUUCUGAAAGAAAAUUUGAGAGCCUCAGAUUUACUAGGUAUGACACUGGCAUUUGCAGGAACAUAUUUAUUGGUGAACUUUGCUCCAAAUAUAACUCAGGAUAUCUCCGCAAGAACAGUACAGUAUUACUUUGUUGGCUGGCAGUUCAUGACCUACGGGAUUUUAGAAAUACUAAUUUUCUGCAUUCUCCUAUAUUUCCAUAAAAGAAAAGGAAUAAAACACAUUGCGAUUCUGCUAACCCUGGUGGCACUUCUAGCCUCAUUGACUGUCAUUUCAGUAAAAGCCGUCUCGGGCAUGAUCACUUUUUCUGUGACGGAUAAAAUGCAACUAACUUAUCCCAUCUUCUAUAUCAUGUGUAUCAUCAUGAUAGCAUCUUGUGUUUUCCAAGUCAAGCUCCUGAAUCAAGCCACAAAACUCUACAGUACAGCGACGGUGGUGCCCGUUAACCAUACUUUCUUUACAAUCAGUGCCAUUAUUGCAGGUAUCAUAUUUUAUCAGGAAUUCCUUGGUGCAGCUUUUCUCACUAUAUUUAUAUAUCUUUUUGGGUGUUUUCUGUCAUUCCUUGGUGUGGUUUUGGUCACAAGAAAUCGAGAAAAGGAACAUCUGCCACAGUCUUACAUUGAUUUUGGACAUGUCCCUGGGAAACAAAUGUUGGACAAAAUACAACCAGAUUCGAACGGCUUAUCCUAUGGAACUUUGCCUGAUGGAAGUGACUCCACAAAGAGCCCAAGUGGAGAGAAGAAAGAGGUCUGAAAUGCCGAGAGGGAUGGCUGCUGGCCUGUUAUUCGAUACCACCUUUUAAAAAAUUGCACAUGUUCAAUUUGUGUCAGCAGCUAUUUUAUGCUGACAUGUGCUCCCAUUUGUUUAGUCCUUUACCCCACCUCCAUGUCUAUGGACUAUCAGGGCCUUCCUAAGCUUUGACACUCUAAUGUUUUCAUGGAAUGUGAUUUGAAGUGUUCCCCACACCCUGGACCUCUCCCUAGUGAUCAUCGAACUGGCUAGAUCUUAAUUAGAGCCUGGCUACCCAAGCAGGAAUGUCACAGAAAAAUGUGCGUCCACGAUUUGGCUGCAGAACGCAUCGGUUGCUUUUCCCAUACAGCUUGCAAGAUCAGUUGCUUUGCUUUAAAGGGACACUUUAGCCCCACCACCUCGCUCCUAAAUCAAAGGUUUGAGAGCAUUCAUUUUUCCUAAGACAUCUUUUAUGAACCUCCCCCAAAACAUUUCACCUUCCUAUUCCCAAAUUGAGUGGUGAAUCAUCUUUUCUGAAAACUAGCCCUAUCACAAAUAUCCUUUGAAAAUUAAGGGUGUCUUUAAAAUUAGAACUUAUACCCCAUUCUAUGAUGGGGUAUGCCAAAAUCAAAAGACCUUGACUGGUGGACUUUUUUAAGCUUAAGAAAGGAAAAAUUUAAGAAUUAGUACCAAUUUUUUAAAUAAAAAUGUAAUAGAAUGGUGACGUUUUCUUCAGCUGUAUGAUCCUAUUAUACUUGAAUUGAAACUGAAGACAAACUUCAUAUACUAUGCCUUUAUUUGUUUAGAUCUUAUAAUUUAUCAAGUGGGUUUUUAAUGUUUUAACUUUUAACACGUCUCAAAAAUCAUAUAUAAAUUCUUAGUGAUAUUUUCACUAACACUCUGUUUCUUCCUCAAGGCAUUACUUCAAGCUUUAGAAUAAAAUUCUUCUAGGUAAAAGAACAGUUAUGAUUAGAGAACUAGAUUUCAGCCUUUUUAAAUCUGUAGACAUAGAACACGGCCAGGCGGUCCAACCUAAGUCUAGGGAGGAGACCCAGGUGCUACCAUACCCUGAAUGGCUCUUCCACUGCCAUAGUGACAUAGCUACUAAGAUACAUUUUCAGGUAGAGUCCAUAAUCAUAUCUGUUAUUAUUUAUGAUCUCCUAAUAUUUAAAUGAGAAGAAAAGAGCUAGCUUUCAUUAUCACCAACACCAAAUAAUAAGCCCCAUCCUUAAUGACAUAUCAGAAACCUCAGACCACUUCUGACAGGCCAGUCCAAUAUUAUUCCAGCCAAUUGUCUUGCAUUUGUUUGGUUGUUUAACUCAGAACUAUUGAAACUAUAGUCUUAACUGCUUUGGGUCUUUUAUCUUUGUUCUUUGUCAUGACCUGCAUCCCUGACCAGACCAACCAAACCAGGCCACAAAGGUGAGAUUCAAAUCCAUCACCAAUGUAUGAAUAAUAACCUAGAGCCCAUGUCUGGCUUUUGAACUCCUGGUAACAAUUCCUGCCAUUGUGGAAAGUGUCCCAUUAAUUCAAAUAAUGUAGUCAUAUAAUUUAUGGCAUGUUUUACUGAACUUGGUCCAACAUGUUGGCAUUGGAAGGCUCAGCUAAGAAAUGUGUCUUAACUACAGAUUUCUGGUGACUCUGAAAACUGGUUUCAAAGAUUUGGAAAAUAAUUAGACAGAAGAGUUUUACUUGAAGUGGGACUAUAUUUAUAGCUAUAGCACAUGGUUUUGCACGUUGUAGAAUUUUGCACAGAGACAAGCAUAAUGCCAGUACUUUAGUGGUCGCCAACAUUUGCAUCUUUUAAAAGUUGUAAGAAAUGACAUUGACAUGCACAUUUGCACAGUCCAGCAAUGCUUCAGGAGUUUAGGUAACAUAUAAAAUAAUAUUCAGACCUAAUUUUACUUUCCAUAUUGCGUCUCCAAAGUAAGGUGAGUAGGAGAUUUAGUUGUAUUGACUUGUAAAGAUUUUUUAAAUUACACACUGCACGACAACAACCAAAGCCAACCCUGUCCUUCUCUUGGCAUUGUGAGUUGGGGACUUUUAGCCAACACUUGACUCAUCUGACUGUCUAGACCAGGGGGGUCUGCAAACUCUUCCUGUAACGACACAGAGAGUAAAUAUUUUGGGGUUUGCUGGCCAUACAGUGUCUGUGGCAACCACUCAACUCUGCCAUUGUAGCAUGAAAGCAGCCAUAGACAGUAUAUAAACAAAUGAGCGUGGCUGGUGUCAGUAAAAUUUUAUUUACAGAAGGAGGUGGCCAGUUGGUGGGCUAUAGCUUUCCAACCCUUGGUCUAGACUCCUCUGGCCUUGCCGUGCUGCUUCUUCCUUAUUUCUUGGGCGUUCAAGAGUUUAAAAAACAAACUGGAUGCAAUGGGAGCGUUAGCCAUGUCUUGAUAUUUACAUUAGGAUCUUGUGGCUUAUGUAAGAUACAAAUGAAAGCAAUGAGUUCAUCAUUGGUGCCCAAAUUCUUCUCUCUUGAAGGUAGCGGUUCUUUUAUGAGCACCACUAACUGUAUCAGAAGGGCCUCUCCAAUCCCACACUCUUAAGUGGAUAAUUGCCUCAGAAAUGAGUAGCAGUUACCUCUCAUGUAGCAGAUUAAAGCAGAGGUCCUUACCAUCUGAUUGUUAUCAGUUUAAGUGUUUGCUUGCCCUGUAACUAUACUAUUUUCGUCACCAGAAUCACUUGAAAAAAAUAUAAUAAAAACAUGUCUCAAGCAGUGAUUCCAGAAUGUAGUUUUCAACCCCCCAACCCAUUCCCACAAGCUCCUGGAGAUUCAAGUUUGUGGCAGAGAAAGAAAGGGAAGAGACAGAUUUCAUAGAUUAGUGCAAUUUCAGUGCUAUUGAAGAAUAAUGGUGAUAAUGUGUAAGUCUGGCUCCAGAAGAAGCAGGUGCAAUGGUGGACAUGGCUCAAAUGGAUAGAAGCAUUGAGCCAAGCUCCUGAAGCCAAGAACCCCUUUAGGCGCCUUGUUUCAAAGCACACAGCUCGUCCAGGGGUGGUGACGAUAUACACUCAGCCACACCGAAGGCUGCCUCCUGCUUGCCAACUUAAUAGUGAUAUUAUGGACGCAAAUAUAACCAGUUAUUAAAACGAACCUUUCCAACACCCUUCCAGACUGCUUUAUUUAAAUUCCAAGGCUGGUUACAGAGCAGUCCUUGAACUGGGCAACUGCAAACCUAAUGCACAUGUCUGGCAUCAGCCAAUAUGAGUGCUUUAGUGAGGUUGCUAGAUCAACACCACACAGUUUGAACUUUUAGAACAAGAUCUCAGAAUUGAACCCAACAUGACUGUGUGGGGAAUUUAGAAGCUGCUUCUAAUUGUUAGACUGAUCAACCGUCUGGCUCUUAUUAUGACCAUCUUGAAGUAAAAAAAUAAAAUUCCACAUAUAUGUGGUUUCCAUGCAAAUAUAGACCAGUCUUGGGCUAUUAAAUGUAGUGUUUUAGUAAUUGUGGUGAAUGCAGGGAAGAACCUUCCCACCCAGGAAUUCUUGAGUCUCUCCCCUUUCUCACCAGCCUCAGGGUACCACACAACAUGCUGUCCUGUGCCAGGAG